AGACAGUUGACAGACACCGAGGAGGGAAGGUUACGUUUCGGCGAAAAAUGUGCGCACCCGCAAACGCGAGACGCGCCACCCCGGGUCCACCGCAGUGACGUCACGCGAUUCUAGCCAAGUACACCCUUUUUCUGCACGGCAGACGCUGCAUCCCGCUCUAGUGUGCUCCGAUUCAGAACCGUGAGAGCUGCAAACUAGCCACCAACAUGUCGUCUGUGAAGGUAGCCGUGAGGGUUCGACCCUUCAACAACCGCGAGAUCUCGCGAGACUGCAAAUGCAUCAUCGAGAUGGGAGGCAACACCACCUAUAUAGUUAAUCCUAAAGCACCGCCUGGCUCUAAAGAUGCAACUAAAAGCUUUAACUACGAUUACUCAUACUGGUCACAUAACCCAGCAGACCCUAACUUCUCAACGCAACGGAUGGUUUACAAGGACAUAGGUGAAGAAAUGUUACAGCACGCAUUCGAAGGCUACAACGUUUGUAUAUUUGCUUAUGGCCAAACUGGAGCAGGAAAAUCGUACACCAUGAUGGGCAGGCAAGAAGAAGAAGGACAAGAAGGAAUAAUUCCGCAGAUCUGUAAAGACCUAUUUCGAAGAAUACACAACACGACAAGUUCAGAUUCUAAAUACACCGUUGAAGUAAGCUACAUGGAGAUAUAUUGUGAGAGAGUGCGAGAUCUGCUAAAUCCGAAGAACAAAGGUAACCUGAGAGUAAGGGAACACCCGCUGCUGGGACCUUAUGUGGAGGAUCUGUCCAAGCUUGCAGUCACGUCUUAUCAGGACAUCCACGAUCUCAUAGAUGAAGGAAACAAGGCCAGGACAGUGGCAGCAACAAACAUGAAUGAGACGUCUAGCAGAUCCCAUGCCGUGUUCACAAUAUUUUUUACUCAGCAACAUGUUGAUAAGGGCACAGAGUUAACUACUGAGAAAGUAAGUAAAAUCUCAUUGGUUGACCUUGCUGGUUCUGAAAGAGCAGACUCUACUGGUGCCAAAGGAACAAGACUCAAGGAGGGAGCCAACAUCAACAAAAGUCUCACCACAUUAGGAAAAGUCAUUUCAGCUCUGGCUGAAGUGGCAACUAAGAAAAAGAAGAAAGCAGAUUUCAUCCCCUACAGAGAUUCAGUGCUAACAUGGCUACUUAGAGAAAACCUUGGUGGGAAUUCCAAAACAGCCAUGGUUGCUGCAAUCAGUCCAGCUGAUAUUAAUUAUGAUGAAACAUUAUCCACACUAAGGUAUGCAGACCGUGCAAAACAGAUAGUAUGCAAGGCAGUUGUUAAUGAAGACGCAAAUGCUAAACUUAUUCGGGAGCUCAAAGAAGAAAUUGUACGUCUUAGAGAUUUGCUUAAGGCUGAAGGAAUUGAAGUGGAAGAAGGGCCAGAUGGCAAAGUGAUAUAUGAAAAGAAAGAGAAUAAUAAUAGUAACGACAACAGUAAUAGAGAGGAGGGAGUGACGGUAUCGAAAAUGGUGAAACGAGAUAGUGAAAAGCAGCUGCCUACCACUCCAUCAACACUUGCUGAAGAAGCUGUGGACCAGCUGCAGGCGAGCGAGAAGCUUAUUGCAGAGCUCAAUGAAACAUGGGAAGAAAAACUUAAGAGGACUGAGGUAAUUAGACUACAGAGGGAGGCUGUAUUUGCUGAGAUGGGUGUUGCUGUGAAAGCAGAUGGAAACACAGUGGGCGUCUUCUCUCCGAAAAAGACGCCACAUCUUGUGAAUCUUAAUGAGGAUCCUUCAAUGUCUGAGUGCCUAAUAUAUUACAUAAAAGAUGGAUGCACUCGGGUAGGCUCAGCGGAAGCCAGUAUUCCGCAAGAUAUCCAACUCAGUGGUUCACAUAUUCUUAAAGAACACUGUGUCUUUGAGAAUAAUGAUGGUGUCAUCACAAUGACACCAAAAGAAGGAGCCCUUUGCUACAUCAAUGGCCGUGAGGUCACAGAAACGACAGUUUUAAAAACAGGUUCCAGAGUCAUUCUUGGAAAGAACCAUGUAUUUCGUUUUAAUCAUCCAGAUCAAGCCCGUGAGAGAAGAGAGAAGACGAUAGUGGAAAAUCCUGCAUCAGAAAUUAUUGAGAAGGCAUCACCUGCAGAGACACCAGGGAAUGGUGAAAAUGUUGACUGGGACUUCGCUCAAGUGGAGCUAUUGGAAAAACAAGGAAUUGAUUUGAAAGCUGAAAUGGAGAAACGGCUGCUUGUCUUGGAAGAACAGUUCCGUAAAGAGAAAGAAGAAGCUGACCAGCUAUUUGAAGAGCAGAGAAAGAACUAUGAGGCCAGAAUUGAUGCACUACAGAAACAAGUUGAAGAACAGAGUAUGACUAUGUCAAUGUAUAGUUCUUAUACUCCAGAAGAUUUUAAUAAUGAAGAGGAUAUAUUUGUCAACCCCUUGUUUGACGCAGAGUGCAACUGGAGUGACCGACAGUACCAGCUGGCCGCGUGGGGCUUCCGCAAGUGGAAGUACCAUCAGUUCACCUCUCUACGUGACGACCUCUGGGGAAACGCCAUAUUCCUCAAGGAGGCUAACGCCAUCUCUGUUGAGCUGAAAAAGAAGGUGCAAUUCCAGUUCACACUUUUGACAGAUACUCUAUACUCUCCACUCCCUGCUGACCUGUUACCAGCUGUUGAUGAUGAUGACGACGAUGAGCGUCCUUACCCACGAACCAUUGUUGCUGUUGAAGUGCAGGACACCAAGAAUGGUGCAACACAUUACUGGACACUGGAGAAGCUGAGACAUCGCUUGGAACUCAUGCGUCAUAUUUACAAUGAAGAUAUUAGCCCGGAGACACCGGAUGUGAAGGAUGACUUUUUCCAAUGUCUCACUGUGUGUCCUAAUCAGAAGUUCUCACUUGCAAAUCUUUUGCCUUCGAGACAGCGUCUUGAACUUAUGAGGGAGAUGUAUCACAAUGAAGCAGAGCUGUCACCAACAUCCCCUGAUUACAAUAUUGAAUCCUUGACAGGUGGCGAUCCCUUUUAUGACAGAUUUCCAUGGUUCAGAAUGGUUGGCAGGGCAUUUGUUUAUCUCAGUAAUCUUGUCUACCCAGUGCCUUUGAUUCAUAAGGUUGCUAUUGUGAACGAAAAAGGAGAUGUCAAAGGCUACCUCAAAGUUGCUGUGCAGCUUGUAACGGAAGAAGAGAACAGUGACUAUUCGUGGGGAGUCCGGCAAUCUGCUCGAAUAUCAUUUGAUGAUGAACUUUUUGGCAACCAACGACAUUCAAAGCGCUCUUCUCUGCUAGCACAGACAUUGGACAAGAACUUGCAACAGCAACUGGAAGAGAGAAUAGUUGAAGGACAAGGGAACAUAUUGGAAUUCAGCAAGGAUGAAAAGAAUGCUGAUGAUAUAAUCAAAGAUGACUGUCAGGAAAAUGCAAAGGAUCUGUGCAAAGAUGACCUUGAUGGUGAUGCAGAUAGUGGUCGUGGUGAUAGCUCUGUAUCAUCGGAUAUUAAAGAGGAAGACCUCCCAGAACAUCUACAAAUAGGGAAGGAAUUUAAAUUUAGGGUCACAGUACUGCAAGCUGUUGACAUCUCUACGGAAUAUGCUGACAUUUUCUGUCAGUUCAACUUUCUGCAUCGACAUGAUGAAGCAUUUUCUACAGAGCCUGUUAAGAAUGUUGGAAAUGGAUGGCCCAUUGGAUUCUUUCAUGUCCAAAAUAUAACAGUUACAGUAACAAAAUCAUUUAUAGAAUACUUAAAGACACAGCCUAUUGUAUUUGAAGUUUUUGGCCACUAUCAGAAGCACCCACUUCAUAGAGAUGCAAAGCAGGAUGGUGGACAGUUUGUUCGACAGCCACCAAAGCGUAUGCUUCCACCAUCAAUACCAAUUAGUCAGCCUGUACGGUCGCCAAAAUUUGGAGUAUUACCAUCACCUUGUACUAGUCACGUACAUGCCAAGUAUGAUGUUCUUGUUUGGUUUGAAAUUUGUGAAUUAGCACCUAAUGGUGAGUACGUGCCAGCAGUUGUGGAUCAUAGUGAUGAUCUCCCUUGCCGUGGUCUGUUCUUACUCCACCAAGGUAUCCAGCGCCGUAUUCGCAUUACUAUUGUACAUGAGCAUGCUGCUGAACUUCGAUGGAAGGAAGUUAGAGAACUAGUUGUUGGUCGGAUAAGAAAUACACCUGAACCGGAAGAGGAAGAUAAUGAUAACUCCGUACUGUCUUUGGGCCUCUUCCCUGGAGAAUAUGUGGAAAUUCCUGGAGAUGACCGUUCCAUGUUCAGGUUCGAAGCAGCAUGGGACAGCUCUCUGCACAAUUCUCCUCUGUUGAAUAGGGUUACCUCAUAUGGAGAACAGAUAUUUAUGACUAUUUCUGCUUACCUUGAGCUGGAGAACUGUGGGCGUCCGGCAAUUAUCACCAAGGAUUUGAGCAUGAUCAUUUAUGGACGAGAUGCACGAACUGGCCCACGUUCACUGAAACAUUUGUUUUCUGGGCAUUAUCGUAAUGCUGAGGCAAACCGUCUGUCUGGUGUCUACGAGCUAGUGCUGAAAAGAGCAUCAGAAGCAGGUAGUCCAGGAGUCCAAAGGCGACAACGCCGAGUGUUGGACACGAGCUCAACAUAUGUGCGUGGUGAAGAGAAUUUACACGGUUGGCGACCCCGUGGAGACAGUCUAAUUUUUGAUCAUCAGUGGGAACUUGAAAAGUUGACACGGUUGGAGGAAGUGGAGAGAGUUCGGCACAUGUUGCUCCUUAGAGAAAGGCUGGGGAUUGACAGGAAUCCAUCCACAACUUGCAGUCAUGACUUCACAAAGUCUGAAAAAGAAGUCUGUAACAUGGUGGCAAAAGCAACAAAUGAAGGUCGGGCAAGCCCUGUAAUUCUCCAGCCUCCAUCUAAGGAUGUCUAUGAACCAUGGGAGAUGACUGAACAUGAAAGAGAACUGGCAACAAAAUGUAUUCGUCUCAUUCAGGGCAGGAUACCUACAAAGGAUUUACCAAUGGCAAAACAUGCAGAGCUUUCUCCAACUGAAGAGACUCCUGACAUGUCAUCGAGUGUUAUAUCCACCUCGUCAGCUGAACUGUGUUCACCGGAAAAAAUGAGAGCAGUGGCCCCUGAGCCAUUCUGCUGUAACUCAGCAUCUGGAGACACGUCUACACUUGUGCCAGACCAAUCACAACAGCAGCAGACACCAGGGCAGCAGGAAAGUGCAAUGUCAACAAGCUCUUCUCCUGGCCUUGUCCUGUAUGUUCCAGAAAUGGAAGAAAUCCGUAUCAGCCCAGUUGUUUCCCGGAAAGGCUACCUCAAUAUCUUGGAGCAUAAGACUAAUGGCUGGAAAAAAAGAUGGGUGGCUGUACGAAGGCCAUACGUGUUUAUUUUCCGAGAAGAAAAGGAUCCUGUAGAACGAGCACUUAUUAAUUUAGCUACAGCACAAGUGGAAUAUUCUGAAGACCAACUGGAAAUGGUUAAGGUGCCAAAUGCUUUCAGUGUUGUAACGAAACACAGAGGAUUUUUAUUACAGACUUUGGGAGACAAAGAGGUGCAUGAUUGGCUGUAUGCCAUAAAUCCUCUGUUAGCAGGUCAAAUCAGGUCAAAACUGGCACGAAGACGGCCAAUUGUGCCACCCGUUAUUCCCACAAUACAGCCAGCAGUACAGGUGACAAAAUGAAGAGACUACAUUGGCAUUUCAUGAGCUGAAAGUCAGUUAUGCACACUUCCUUUUGCAAAGCAGUUGCUUGCUUUGUUCUCUGACAGUUUCCUGUCUGAUGAAUUCCCUAGAUGAAUCACUGGAUACAAUUCUGUUAGAUUACACUACCCAGAAUUUCAUUAAUGAUAUGAGUUUUUUCAUGAAGAUAAUUAUUUUAUGUGAGGACAUUUCUAAAUCCUCUAAGUGGUUAUGGACAGUAUAGAUCAUCUUUUUUUUUACAUAAACUAGCUGGUCCAGUACCAACACUGGCAAGCAAGUAAAUAUUAUAUUCUGUUUGGUCCUUAUUGUUAAAUUUCAGUUUGUAAAACAGGCGUAGACACACUUUUCAAUAUCAGAAGAUGUAUUUUUGCUACUAUAGUGCAGUUAGUGACCAUUUAAUUUUCUAGCAGUUUGUGAAGUGUGGCUCUGAGGAAUGACCAGGAAGUGUAUUUAGAUAAGCUGUCAUGAUUGUGAAAGAAACCCUCUUUGUUUCCUAUCGCAGAGCAUACAGAUCCAUGAAUGUAUCAAAAAGUAGUGUGACUGGUUGGCCAAACUGGUGUUAAGAUAAUCAUAUGUAAUUAUAAUUUCCAUAAUUGGUCUCGAUGUUAAUAAAAUAAAAAUUGAACUGUUUUCUUUUGUGCCCUGUGUACAAAUAGACUGCAUAUAUUAAACAUUUAAAGACUGCCAAAUUCAUGUACAUUACAUUUUCUUGCAUGAAACACAUUAUAAAAAUUAUGAGUGUUGUAUAGUGGUAUGUAAUUAAGAUUAUUUUUAAUGGAAAAGCACGGCAUUCUCUUCCUUUCCUUAUAGGUCUUUUCUUGGAUGAUGAUGAGGUUGCUAUUAGUAACUAUUUGUAAACUUCUGUUUCACAUCCAAGAGUGACCAUAUGACAUUUAUUAUACAUAUGUACAAAUUAUAUAAAGAAAAAAAUCAUACACUCUUUAUACUUCAUUUUAAUGCUUGUGCUUUGUAUCAGAUUUGUCUUGGUGAGCAAAUGUACGCAGUGUUUCCAUAUAGACCCAUAGGUGUCUUGUAAAAAACUAAAAAAUAUAUGUUAUUCAUCCAACCAAAUGGCUAACCUUACUUCCAUUGAGCUACAGUGUUAAUAAAAGCUUUAUUUCCAAGUAUUGUUACUUUUGGUACAGAAUAUUAGUUUUAGAUUUUUUUUUUCAAUGUGUGUGUGUGUGUGUGUGUGUGUGUGUGUGUGUGUGUGUGUGUGUGUGUGUGUGUGAGAGAGAGAGAGAGAGAGAGAGAGAGAGAGAGAGAGACCCAUUUAACAUUCAGAAUAAUUGUGAAACACAAGUGCAGUUUGGGGUUGUGAAUUGACUGAAGUAUUACAUUGUUAUUAAAAUGGAACAGAAUUGUAAAUAUGUAAAACCAUUUUUUAAGUUCUUUUAAUCUCUCUAUAUUGUUCAAUGUAUAAUCUGUAUGUGAGAAGAUAUGGCUGUACAAGAUAGGUUAGAGACUUUUCUCCAUAUUAUGUGAUUCUUCAAUAUUUAUGUUGUUUGAAAAUAGUAACCAUUAUUUAUUGUUAAGAGAGGCUGUUCUUAAGAGUUUUCUGGGUUCACUGUUAUGGUUUGAGAAAAACAGUGAACUGCGAAGAAUCACUUAAGAAAUGAUAGUAGUAUGUUAGUGUUGUAAAAUUCACAAGUGUAUAUGAGUCUUUGUAUAUAAUAGUUAUAUAAACAUACUGCUCACUUCAGUGUACAUUCAGAAAAGUUGUUGCUAGUAAUGAAGGAAUCUUAAAACCAGAAAAAGUGAGAUGAAUUCAUGGCACUUCUACAGAACAUCUUUUUUGUGUAGGUUUGUCUUACAUGUAUGUGUCAUCACCAAUGAUUGCUUCAGACUCGUAUUUGAACAUGAAGUUAACUCCAAGACUAGGCAUUCACUUUUUCUGUGGUAGUUGAAGCUCUGUUUAACUUUUGUGUGUUGUGAAAAUACAGAUAAAUGGAAUCUCAAUUUGCAUAAAAUGAGAAACUUGUUAUUAUUAAAUGUGACACACAGUAUUACAAAAUAACUUUUCCACAUCCAACAUGUGCCAUAGACACAGUCUUGUCACCAAAUCUGGCUGAGAAAAAUUUUCAGCAUGUAGAUGAGGGCAAAGUAUUUGUUUGUUUAUUUUCACAAUACUGACCUGCAGAACAUGCAGAGUAUAUCUGUUAGUGUUAAAUGUUUGCUGUAAAAGUCCCACAUAUGCACCAUUCUUAUCAGCAUCACAAAACUGAGACCUCAUUUUAGAAACAUUGCUCAGUGGAAGUAGGGUCAGUUGGUAUCAACAUAUUUCAUAAACCUACCAUGACUUAGUCUUUCACAUCACAACUACAUUCCAUAAAGGAAAUGACUCUUAUAAUUGUACAGUGACCCCAAAAAUAUGCCAAUACAAAAUGAGAAGCAACACUCGGAUUUUCAGCAUGUAUGUGUAUAAAACUGAAAAAAGAUCAUCCAAUCCAGUGAAUAAAUAAACAUUGAAGAAAAAUGAAGGAUUUAUUAACAUACCUUACACAUGUCUUAGAUUAUUGCCUUUGGCAUUGUUGAUCUGUAAAUAAAGUAUUUUACCUUAGAAGUAUCCUGGACGAUACUGUUAUUUGAAAGGGCAGUUCAUUACGUUUCAUACCUUAAAGAAUUAACUUUCACACCUUUUGGAAAACAGUAUAAUAAACAUAAAAGUCUGUUUCAAUUCAUCAGUCAUUUUCACAUGUAAAAUAACAUUUUUAUUUCUGUUGAUGAUUUACAUCGUUAACAUGUGUUAACUGUUAGAUGCUUUACGCACCACAAUAUUUAUUUCAGAUGUUUUAAUUGCUAUAUUUUUUAUACUUCAUAAAUAUUUUAUAAAUGAUUCUCAUAAUCAUUUAAUGGAAAGUAAAGGCUGUAAAUAUUUGGAUCAAUAGAUAAAUAUACAGAGCUGCUAAUUUUUUAAUGCAGUAUAAUAUAUAAUGUGAAAAUUCCCAUAAAAGAUGUGUUAAUUUGGGUUCUCCAUGCCACAGCAAUGGUAUAUUUAUUGAGAUGUUCAGUACUGGAUAGUCAUUAUCAGUAUUAUUUUUGUUCUCCAAAAUAAAAUAAAAUUAAAAACUAUUACAAAAUUGAUUGUCACCCUUUGUUUUUCUUCAUACCCCAGUGGUAUCAAGUGUUAAAAUGUAACAGUAUGGAAACAUAAACUUGGGUUCUCUAAUUAAAAUUAUGAAUGAUGCCCACAUAAAGAAGAAACAGCAUCCCCUGAAAACUAAUAAAUGUUUCUAGGUCAGUUAAUAACCAGUAAUUUAAUUGUUAUUGGUUUGACAUUUCUGAGAGCUAUUGGGAUAUUUCAUUUGGUUUGAAACACCACAAAAAAUAUAAAAUUGAACAGUUUAUCCAUAUCUAAAUAAAUAUAUAGAUCUUACUGUCCAAAAAUAAAUACAGCUGUUGUUUCUUAAUUUCUAAUGUAACUAGGCAACCUAUGCUGUAUAAAUUUUGUUUGAGUGGUAUGUUUUAGAAACAGUUUUAGAAUUAGCAGAUUUUGUGGGAUUUGUAAAAGUGUGAUAUUUUUUCUGUAAAGAAAUAAAGGAUGAUUGCUGUAGUCUCACAAUUUUGUGUGGAAAAGCUCUAAAAUAUUAUGAGAAAAUACAUGUGCAUAUUGUGAUAUUAUCAUUGUUAUACCAAGAGAAAAUUUUGAUAAGAGCGUUGUCAGCAAGAUACAAUAAAAUACAUUUUAAGCAUUUUGUGAAAAUACAUUAAAAACAUUGCUGGUGUGGAGAAGCAACAAUGGUUAUACUGUGUUCUGUAAUUGAUUUAUUAUUAAUAAUUUCCCAUGACAGUAGUCACAAUCAAAAUUACUGGAAUAUAUGUUUGGACAAAAAUGAAAAUGUGGAUCAAUGUAGUCCGUGUUCCAUUUUUUAACUUUGUGGUAUAGUGGUAGUAUCAGGAUCUACUGAAUGUUGAGAACUCACAGAGGAGCUGAAAUUAUUACAAAAUGACUCAAUGAUCUCUACACUCACUUUAGUAAUAUUUGCAAAAAGUUUCGUUCGAUAUAAUUGUGCCUUAGAAUUUCCGGUCAUAUCAGUCUCUCUCUCCUUUUACACUCUCCUCUAUCCUCAGACACUACAUUGUCAGAGUUAAUUUUUGUAACUUUGCUGAAUUAUGAUGUUUUCAAAACAUUCCAUUUCCAAUCUUUGUUAGUGCAAAUUCAUUAUCUUACUUGUGAAUUGUUAGUUUGCUUUGUUUACAGUCUCUUACUUUCUCAUAUAAAACAGAAAAUAUAAAGAACUGUUACAUUUAGAGUUAUGUGCCACAUGUUGCACUUCAUAAAUGUACUGAAAUAUAAUAUGUACAAUUUGUUCCAGAAAGGCCCCAGGAAAGUAUACUUUUCUCAUUUUCCUUAAAAAUUAUAUCAUUUGAAGACACUGUACUACUGCAAUAAAAAGCAGUAACAUCGUGGUAUGCAAUGGUAAUAGCGACGCAGCUGUCGAGUGAGCUAACAUGCUGUUCCUUCACUAAAGAAGAUAAAUGAUAAACAACAUAUUUCUGAUUAUGAGUUCACUGUACCUUAGUGUAGAUUUACUAUGUCUACAUUUGAAAGAGUGAACUCUUACAGGUCUCAGAAGACAGUUCUUUACUGACCCAUGAUCACGUUUUCUUGCAGUUUUGCAUAAUUAAAUCAAAUACUUACAUUCAAAAGGAAGAUUUUACAUGAAAAGACAUGCUUUCAGUUAUUGUCUAUAAAAUCUUUCAUGUGCCACCCUAAUGUUUCUUAUUCAUCCUCUUUUUGUGUAUCAUGUGUAAUUUAUUUGUAAAAUACUUUUCUAUUUUUAAUUUAUUCUCUUGACAUUAAGGCAGCUGUUGCUCUGAAAAGCAAUGUAUGUGGGAUAAAUAAAAAAUGAUAUAAAAAGGU